CUUCAGGGGCUCGAUAUUUCAUUCUUGCUCUUCCGUUGCAAAAGCGAAUGCCAUAUGAAAGGGCCAUACUGCGAUCUAGAUUGGACCAAAAAUACUGUAAAAUGAUACUCUUUUGGGUAUUGGUUCUCUGAAUAUUUGGAAUCUUUAAGGGAUCGAAGCACCUUUUCAAGCAACGGUGUGAGAGAAAGAUACAACUACUGCUACCACUAUGAAACUGCACUUUACCUUGGUUGGGUAAUAAGAUACAUAGGUAAGUCUUUCAAAUAUCAAUAAAUAGAUUGCUGCAAAGGAUACUAUGUUUUUUUUAGAGCUCAUUUUGCCUUAGUCUUUUAGAAGUUUUUUCAAUGAAGAUUGUAUAAAGGUGCCUAGUUUUAUUAUUCUACAUUUGGUUAUACAAAUAUAAAUUGGAAUUCCAUUUUUAUGAAAUUCAGAAUUUUCAUUUCAAAUGAAAUUAUAUAUUUUUCUAGAUUUGUUAUAUAUUGAAUUUUAAAUUUAUUUAGAGUACAACCAAAUUGAAAAUUGGGCAUCCAAUUCCAUUUCCCAAUUUUAAGCAACUAAACAAAAUUUCUCUUUCAUUUCGUACAUUGAAUGGAAAUCUAAAAACAUCUUUCUAUUGAGUCAACCAAUAAGCAAUUAUAUGGGUGAAAUGACUUUUUAAACAAUCUUAUUUGGAUUUGAUAAUUGAAUGUAGAUGAUGAUACACCUUCCUCUAAUGUUUUUUUUUUCGAAUAUUUUUAACAUGUGAUUUAUAGGCAUGAUCAUCAUCGGGAGGGCCAUACCUGGUAUUUUGUGUUUGCUUGUCUAUUUAAUCUACAAGUUUCGACGAAGACACUUAUCAUUGGAUGAUGGUAUUGAAGAAUUUCUACAUAGCCAUAAAAAUCUUCAGCGAAUCAAAUACUCAUAUUCGGAGCUAAAAAAGAUGACUCAUAAUUUUAAGAAUAAAUUAGGUCAAGGAGGUUUUGACUCUGUGUACAAAGGAAAACUCCAAAGUGGUCGCAUUGUAGCUGUAAAAAUGUUAGUUAUGUCAAAAGCUAAUGGGCAAGAUUUCAUCAAUGAAGUUGCUACAAUCGGAAGGAUUCAUCAUGUUAAUGUUGUGAGACUUGUUGGAUUUUGUAUACAGAGAUCAAAAUGGGCUCUUGUAUAUGACUUCAUGCCGAAUGGGUCUCUUGAUAAGUUUGUUUUUCUUGACCAAGGAAACAACAUUCCCUUGAUUUGGGAAAGAUUAUACAAGAUUGCACUUGGAGUGGGACGUGGGAUUGAAUACUUACAUCAGGGAUGUGACAUGCAAAUUCUCCAUUUUGAUAUCAAGCCACACAACAUUCUUCUUGAUGAAGACUUCACACCAAAAGUUUCAAAUUUUGGUCUUGCCAAAUUAUAUUCAACAAAUGAUAGUAUUGUAUCCAUCACUGCUGCUAGAGGAACCUUGGGCUACAUUGCUCCUAAAUUGUUCUACAAAAACAUUGGAGGUGUAUCAUUUAAGGCUGAUGUUUAUAGUUUUGGAAUGUUGUUAUUGGAAAUGGUAGGGAAAAGGAAGAAUGUUAACACAUUUGCAGAACAUUCAAGUCAAAUGUAUUUCACAUCAUGGAUUUAUAAUAGAUAUGAUCAAGAAGAGGACAUGAAAAUGGGAGAUGCCACUGAGGAUGAAAAAAGGUAUGUAAGGAAAAUGGUGAUAGUUGCACUAUGGUGUAUACAAAUGAAGCCUAUAGAUCGUCCUUCAAUGAGCCAAGCAUUGGAGAUGCUUGAAGGAGAGGUUGAACUCUCGAAAAUGCCUCCUAAGCCAACUCUAUGGUCUAUUGAUAAUCAUGAGCAAUUCAUGGUAGAGGCAUCAACUUCAUAAUCCAAUUCCAUGGGUACAAUUACCUUAAAGGAAAGGUAGUACUACACCAUCUAGUUGCUUAUUUUGUGAUCCAAUAAUAAUGUGUGAUUGUGUCUUAUGUGUAAGGUUUCUAUGAGAUCCGUCUAUGUAAUAAGAUAAAGUUUCUUCUUCAAACAAUAGUUUGGUUCCUUGUAAGUGAGGCUAUGUACGAGUAAUAAAAUAUCAUUUUAGAUGUAA